GGAGCAACGGCAGGGAGGUCAGAGAGCGGGCAAGCAACCGUCCUCCUCCAUGGCCUGAUAAAUAUGGGGCUGAUUGAUCGUUAAUGUGACCUCCCUCGUGUGUCGCGGCCCCCAAUCAUGGCAGGGCUUAUCAAAAACCAGAUCCUCAAACACCUAUCAAAAUUUGCCAAGAAUGUUUCAUCUGACAGUGUUAAUGUUAGUACACUCAAAGGGGAGGGGGAGCUUACCAACCUGGAGCUCAAUGAAACAGUUCUCACAGACCUCCUGGAGCUGCCCAUCUGGCUCAGGAUUACAAGGGCGCUGGUCAACAGAGUCAACCUUAAGAUACAAUGGACCAAGCUCAAGAGUGUCCCAAUAGCUGUGAGUCUGGAUGAAGUGCAGGUGGAAAUGGAGACCUGCAGUGAGCUGAGGUCCCAUCAGUCGGGUUCCUCCGUCCUCCCUUCCUACGGCUCAGGUGGACGUUACGGCUUUGCUGACAAGGUUAUUGAUGGCAUGACAGUCACCGUCAACUCAGUACUCAUCACUUUCCGCAGCCAUGCCUUCCAUGCCACUUUUCAGCUAUCCAGAAUUGUUCUGGACUCCAAAAAUCCCCUCUGGCAGAAAGCAGACUUAAGGCAAACAAGGUUGAAGGAUGUUGACCGAGGAGAACUACUUAUAUUUAAAGAGUUGUCUUGGCAAACACUGCGUGUUGAGGCCAAGUCCACAUGUGACCAGGCCCUCACCCCCCUGAGGCUCAUCACUAACCAGGCUCGCUGCAGGAUCACCAUCAAGAAGAAAUUGACUGACUGCUCAGUGGUGGGAUGCCGGCUGGUGCUGCUCAUGGACGACCUGCUGUGGGUGUUGACUGACUCACAGCUCACUGCAGCAUUCCACUUUAUUGACUCCCUCUCAGACUUGGUGAAGCAGGCAGCUCAGGAGUCACAGAAAACUAAGGCUGUGAGAAAGCUGGAGUCUCUGCCAGAGUUUCAGGUCCAGCUGGCCCAACAGGUGCAGCAGGCACGGGGAAGUGGGAGCUCCCAGGGCCGGGGAUCCUCAUCAGGGGGGAGCAGUUCUCGGUCCUCCUCAUCCCAGUCCAAUGUUGUUAAGGUGUUCAGCAAGUAUGAUGUGCCAGAGACCUCCUAUCAUUUUUAUUCAGAAAGAAUUGAUCUGCACUUCUGUGAUGACCCCGGACCUGGGCGGUCUAGUCACCCUGACCUCUCAGGAGGGGCAGCCUUGCAGGUCACUCUAGCCCAGCUGGAAAUAGACUUUUAUCCUUACCACUUGGCAGCUGGAGACAGAGGACACUGGGUCAAAUACUCAACAGAGUGUGGGCCGGCAGUGUGGGCCCAUGCAGCUUUAGCACAGUUCAAGACACUCCUUACUGACACUCUCAACUCCAGCCGAUCCUCGCACACUCCUCUGGCACGGGCACCGCCCCACACACGCCACGACACUCCACAUCAGAGUUCAAGUGGCCGAACGGCAGCAACACCACCUGGUGACGGAGUGGCCCAGGUUAGUCCUCUGAAGGGAGUGGUGGCAACUCAGCUGAAGAAGUUGAUGUCCUCUUGCUGUGUGCUGAGGGUCAAUGAUUUCUGUGUGUACCGAGUCUCCACCUCCAAGCGAAAGCAAACACCAAAGGAAUUUGUUUCAGCCGGACACUACAAAAAACAACGGAAGAAGACAGGGGACAAAGGCAAGUUCAAGCUGCCCACACAGGUAGCCAGCCUACACCUGGAGUUUACUGUCUACUAUUUCCCAGCAGCCACAGAUUUUCCAGUGCCUCCACCAAAGCUGUACUUGCAGUUGAACCCUGUUCAGAUCACCUUUGACCCUUUGUCUAUCCUGUGGCUCAACUCAUUUGGAAGGAGUCUUCAGCGAGCUGUGCUCACUGACCCUCCCCCUCCUCCCUCCUAUUUAGAUGUGCACCUGGAGGCUGUUAUGCCCAAAGUUAUUGUUGAGGGACUUGGGGAGCACAGCAACCAGCGAGACCGUCCACAAACCAUGCACAUCCAAGCAUCCCGUGUCAUUUUGUCUAACGUACGGCCACCGGACCCCACCUUGCCUGGCUCCCUUGCCUCCCUGGCCACCAGCCUGGAGGCAGCUCAGCAAGGGGAACUGUUCUUUGCUUCCUCUUUUCCUGCAUCUUCAUCUGACUUCCAGCCUAUUUGUCAUAAGUUUGUGAGGCACGCAACAGGUGAAGACAAUGUAAGAAGUCCCCCAGUGACAGAUAGUCCACUCUAUGAAACCAUCUCCAACAUGAAGAAGGAUGCUCUGUGGCUUCAAGCAAGGGACAUCCUUUUCCUGCACUGUGAGCCUCUCUGGGUGGAGUUCUUUGGAGUUCCAGCUGCACGUAGCAGACCUGUUCCUUUUGUGGAUGCUUUUCCGGUGUCUCUCUGGAUGUACAUUAAACCAAAAGCUAGUCUCUCUGUUGCCACAACUAUUGCUGAAUCAUGUGAAGGAAGAGGCCCAAGACAGCAGGGUGGUGAGGGUGUGCAUAGUGAGCCCUUGGGUAGAACCUACAAGGAUGAAGAACAACUAAGAAGUGGGAGUGGAGUGGAGGGUCAGAAGCCAGAGGCAGCCAUACAUAUGUUUGCUCAUGUACCAAGUCUAGUCAGUGCCCAAUUGAACCAUUAUCAGUACCUGUUUCUAAUGCGUCAGUUAGAUGUCAUUACGGAGCUUACUUCAUACCUCACAUAUGAUACCAUAAACAUCCUCACCCACCCCCACAUGGCUGGUGUUGCCUUGGCACGGGAGAACCUGGGAGACACGUUGGUGUUAGCGGCGGUGGUUCCUCAGGUAGACGUGUCGCUGGUGAUGCCACCACCACACCCUGGCAAAGACUCCAUGGCUGGGGACAUGGAGAGCUUCCUUCCUGACUCUUCCUCCACAGCUGACCUUCAUGACUUGGGCUCCCCCAGCUGUGAAGUAAGGAACUCUGCCUCAGACCACAGCAUAAUGCAGAAGGUGAUUGAACCAGAUGCCUGCUCUGUCACAAGUGAUAUCACGAAGUCUUACAGCGUGGAUCAGCUGACUUCUCCACAGCCAAAGUUGGGUACUACCUCUGUUACCAGGCAACCAUCCAGCACUGCCAAUGGUAACAUUAGCCAGCCUCCAGUCUGCCAACAGUCCCCAGUCAACACAGGUAUGCAACAUUCACCCUCCGCUGCAGUCAAACAUGCAGCCAGUAGACAGCUCUCCAGUAGUCUGACCAACCUGCCUCGUAGCACCAAAAGCCAUUCACCCCAUGCAGACCCAGCUGGUGUUAAUGGUCCUAUGAUGCAGCUUAACCUACAUGGUAACCUCAAUGCAGGUUUCACUUCUGUGCGUAAAGGCCUUACUAGUGGUUUCACCAACCUCAUGUCCACAAUUGAAUCUGCAGUGAAAACCAGCCCUGAAGAUAUGAGUGACACCCUUUCCGUUCGUAGUGAUCUUAGUUCUGAUAGUGACAAUUUUAUUAUGGUCAAUAUAGAGACUGACAGAACAGACAGUGGUCUAGGAGGAAUGGAUGCCCUGUUCCGUGUGGACAACAGGCCUGCAACAUCUGUGGAGGUUGCCUCUGAGGUUUUUGAAGAGCCAACACCCAGUGAGGUCUCUGAUGUGACCAGUUCUUUCAGGAGAAGAGAUGUGAUCUCAGUGGUGACCUUCAAGCUGAGCCGAGUGCAGGUGGUGCAGGAGUCCCGGGGCUAUGAGUCCACGGUGAAGGUGCAGUGUUGCCAGAUGGUGUGUGAGGAGUGCAGCAACAUGGGCUAUGAUGAAUUCCAGAAACGUCCAGGUUGCAAUGAUGGUCGUCAGAGCAAAUUCAGCAGCAGGUGUCGUGGAUGGUCUGAGUCCAUGGAGGCCAUUGAGCCGUGCUGCCUCAAACUGCGGCUGGACACCCAUGCUGAGGCUCUGGGGGCGGAGGAGGAGCCACCAUGUGGUAUCUCAGGCGCCCCGCUGCCGAUGCUGAUCCGGCCGUUUCUGAAGGGAGAGGUGGCGGAUCUCAACCUGACUCUCAUGAUGAGCACUGUGACUAAUCUGGUGGAUCUCAUUGAGGAUGAAAUAGUGCCUGAACCGUUACCAAUGGAGAUAAUGGUUGAACGAGUUGGCUUAAGACUGACGGAGGACAGAGUUCCUGCCAAUAUCACAUCCCCCGGGUCAGUGCCCACAGAGGUGUGGCUCCCAAAGCUGCUGGUGAAGAGGAAUCUUGAAGGAGUGUUUACUCUUCUGCCUCAGAAGGAAGAAGACAAGGAGCUUCUGUCCAUCAAGAAAGAACGGGACAAGCUGAGGGAGGACUUGAGGCAGGUGCGACAACAGAUGAACCAGGUGCUAGCAGAAAACCGCUCCCUUCAGACAACUCUUGCCAAGAUGCAGGAAGACAAGGAACGAGAGAGGUCCUCCAGAGGUUUUUCACUGCCCAAGUUUCCCCUCCCAUAAAGCCGCCCAAAGCCUCAAGUUAAGCCUGAUAAUUGAUCCUCAUAACUCUAAGACCUCCCAUCCUAAAGAUUAUGCCAACAGCUCUACCACAGAUACUGUAAGCAACUUAUUGUGAUAAAAUAACCUCAUAAAAUGGCCAGUUUUUUUUACUUAAGGUUGGGCAUUUUUAGAAUGGUUGACAUAAGCUGUAUCCUUAGGAAAACAUAUUUUCAUAUUAUAUUAUUUAUAUUCUUCUAAUAGUUGGUUAUCUUAAUGCUGUGUUGGCUGAAUGUAGGUGUCCAUGCUGCACCAGACCCUCUGAUGGCAGCCUGAACAGCAUUGCAUUUGGUACAACUGAGUCCCCUGUCCAUUAGUAAGAGUGGGGUCGUAUUGUUUACCAUUCAUAUAGGUUUAUUUUGAUCCAUGCUAUAUAUAUUUUUUGUUGCAUAUAUCCAAAGUUAAUUGUUUUUAUAUACUGUAUUCAUCGGAGAGUUUGCAGAGUACGUAGUUAUUAUCUGUGAAGAAAUUCAGUAUGCAUUUUAGUUAAUCUGAAAGAAAAUAAUGAACAUAAAUUAUACUUAAGUGUUCUACUUAGCUGAGGUACAUGCUGAUAUCACUAAAGGACUUUAUACUGAAAUCACUAUGGUGUGAAGUUCCUGGGCACUGACUUUGUUCCUCUUCAACAUCAGUGAGGAAGAGAUCCUGACACAAACCUCAUGACUGUAACUAACUAGUCCAGUACGCACUUUGCUGUCCUUGUAGUGUGAUGUAGUGUGACUGUCCUUAAUGUGUAGGAGAUAGAAUUUCUCCCCCUGGAGUACGCUGUUAUAUCUAUUUUGCUCUCAAUUCUCUCAGUGCACUAUUAGACACAGUGUGCUUGGCCCUGUUAGACUGUAUAUAUUCUUCACAUGUCUUAUCUGCCAUCAUUGCUAGCCUUGCAACUGUCCUCACAUCAUCAUUUAAUCUUUAUUUUUUUUGUACUUUCCUUUUUCAAAGCAAGUAAUUUGUACUUUUUUCUUACCAUACUUUACCUAUGUAGACUUAAAUUUCAGAUGCUGAGUCAGUCAUUUUGUGCAAGUGUUGGGAUCUAUUGUAUGCAAUGUGAUGAUUUUUGUAGCUUUGUUUGAGUUUCUAUGCACUUUAGCACAGUUGCUCUCUUGUUUUAUUGGUAUGUCUGAUGUGGUGUUUUCGUAAUUCUUGGGAAGUAGUAAUAAUGUGCUCAGGACAUAAACCAAACACAGUUUGAACUGUUUAAUGUUUUGCAUGUUUUUGUAAUCUUAUACUGUGCCUUCUCAACUAUUGAGAUAUUAUGUUUGGGAUUUCCUAAAACAAAAACCUACCAAAUGAAUACAAGUUAAGGUAUAUUACUGAGUUAGUUUUUAUUUUCAGUGUGGAGUUGUAUCACAUGCUUCCAGUAGUUGUGUCAAUAUCUUCCUUCAUUGGAGUCAUUGCCAGACAAAGCUUUUCUGCUGUACUUUUUUUUUUUUUAUUGGGGCUUUGACAUGACGUGUGUGUAUUGCAUAUGUUUUUUUUUUCUUUGCGUAGACUUUAUAGUCUAAAUCAUAUAAGUCCAAUUACUGAUAUUAAUUGUAUUUAGAUAGUUACCAAUAUAAGCAGUAGGAGAAAACAAAUGUAGUUGCAAGAAAAGUCUGACAUCACAGAAUUCAUAAGGCUUGGUGGGCAUCCAAUCAAAUGUCAAACAUUUAUCAUCUAGACAAUAGUAAAUUUAUAAUUUUUUGCAACUUUGCUCUAUUUUUUAAAUGAGAGCAUAUUUGCUUCACUUGGCAGAGUUAAGAUUCAAGACUUACUAAAAGAGUUGGUUGAGUCAUGUGUUUCAGGCAUGUGCAGUGUGGAUGACACAGCUUAAUUAGCUAGGUUAGCUAUGAAAUAAUGUGUUUAUCAGGUUUUUGCAGUAAAAUGGUUUGUUAGAAAAUUGCUUUUGGUAUUGAUGGAUCUCAAGCAAGGCCAGACUUGAAUCACAGGAAAAGACAGCAACUGAAAGCACUACAAAAUGUUGAAGGUUGUGAGUUCACAUAAUGGUAUUAUUAUACCACAUUAUUGACUAUAGCGAACAGAAGUCCAAGGAACGGUUCAGUUGUUAAGGGGUGAAUAAUUUGUGUAGUAGCAUCAUUAAACAUAAAUGUGAGUGAAAUAUUAAGAGACUGACAUAAAAGGGUGUGGAGAUUACCAGUAGUGUGUACAAGUUAAUGUUUUGAUGGAUUGUAUGGAGAAAUUAGUGUUUUCACUAGACAGGUAAAAAUCCCUUGACAGAAAGCUUGCCAAAGAUUGUGAAAAAUAUACAGCAGCCAUGAUCUAGACAGGGCUGACAUGUUGAUGCAUGUAUAGAGCCUUUCAAAAUCAAGUGAAAUGGUCAUAAGUAGUGUAGUAUUUAUUGACAUUUUUUUAUAAUGUUUAGUUUAUUAGUGUGUCAUUAUUUUCUAGUUGUUUUAAGAGGAUAGGAGUAUGUGGCUACUAUUGGAGUUACAGUCAUGGUGAUGCUUGCUGCUGCUGCUGCUGCUGGAGUGAGCAUCUGGAUGGCAUAAUAGUAUAAGUUAAGAUUUGUGCAAUAGGUAAUUCAUUGCUUGGGAACAACUGUAUUAUGAAACAGUUGAUUUGAGGCUUUUUCAGGGUCAUCUGAAUAUUUUACAGUCUGUCUGUCUGGCUGUGUCUGCCUGCCUGCCACCAUCCCCUCAUAUUCUCUCUCUCUCUCUCUCUCUCUCUCUCUCUCUCUCUCUCUCUCUCUCUCUCUCUCUCUCUCUCUCUCUCUCUCUCUCUCUCUCUCUCUCUCUCUCUCUCUCUCUCUCUCUCUCUCUCUCUCUCUCUCUCUCUCUCUCUCUCUCUCUCUCUCUCUCUCUCUCUCUCUCUCUCUCUCUCUCUCUCUCUCUCUCUCUCAUGAAAUAUAACUGUAUUUCAGAAUGAUUGUAUGAAUUCCAUUUCCUUGAUUGAUUACUUAAGUGUUACAAAUGACUCAUAUUUUCUUUUAACAUUUUAUAAUUUCAUUUGUUAUUGUGUUUGUUCAUUUGUUUUAUGUCAGGCAUGCCUUUACGGCUUGCUGGUGUGAUGUUUCAGCUGGGGGUUAGCUGCUUCAUGUAAGAAUAUGUUAAUUAACUUCAUUCAAGUGUUUGCAAAAAUCCAAGAAGACAAAAUAAGUGUGAAGAAAGGAUUUUUCUUACUUUUCAUAUCUCUUUGGUGUUUGAAAAGCAAAAGAAUACAACCAGUGCCACGGCAAUGCUGCUGCAACUGUUUUGUGCAGUAUGGUGUUCAUACAGGAAAGUGUUAAGUUGUGUGUUCAUUAUAUACAUAUUAUUGUAUGCUUUAAUGUGUGUGUGUGUGUGUGAAUGAAGGUUUGUGUGCAGUGCUCAUGGAAUUAAUUAUGAUUAUAAGAAAACUUGUAAGGUUAGAAAAGGGACAACAGUUGAAUUUACAGACAUUUAUUGUUUCAUAAGCUUCUAUACUUCAGUCAAGACUUCUUGUAAUUUCCAUUUCUUUUUUUCUACUGAUUUUGAGAUAAUGGUCUAAAUUAUGUCACUUGAUUAACUAAGAUGCAUACAUAAGUUUACAUACAGAGCCUUAGAGAGUUCCUCAGGCGACAAGACUUUGUUACCUUUUCUGUAGACUGUCUAAGAUAUUAAUGUAGAAUGAGGAAUGGAUUUUUAGUGGGCCUUAGGAUUUUAUUCAUGUCACUUUGAAAGACUAACUAAACUGGUGUGUUGAUGCACUAUAUCUUGUAACAUAAAGGAAAUGUUGACUGUCAGUGUAGAAUUUGAAUGUCUUCUAUGCACUACUAUUAUGAUUGUUAUUAUUAGUAGUCUUAAUAUCUUGUCACCUGGAAGUGUAUUCAACAUUUAGCCACUUGAGAUAUAGAAGUUUGGGAAGGUGGUUAUGCCAUAUUACUUGAUAUUCCUGUUGAAAUUUGAAGAUUUAAGUAACAUCUAACCUUAAUGUUUGGGAUCAUGUGAACUUGUAUAUAGCUGAGUCUCCUUUUAUUUUGUAACAACUUUGGUGUUUGGCAGAAGCAUUGGGGAGAGUGCUGUUCAGUGCUGUGGAAACAUCCUUAUCAGAAUUAUUUGUUGCAAUAAGCCAACACACUGUUCAGCAGAACGCAUGUCAUUACUGAGUCACCAUACACAGUGCAUACAUACUCCUAUGUUUUGAUAGCUAUUGAUAGCUAACCUCUCUUUUUCUCUUGAUAUACAAGAAAACAUUAUUCAGUCAGAUGGUGGUAAGUGAGAUGAAAUGAUUUUUGUAGCAGACAUACUUCACAAACAUUUUUGUAUAUUUCCUUUGAAGAUACUCCCCAGUGAAUAGUUUGUAAAUAAUUGAUAGAGAAACACUAACAUUAUGAGAGUGCACAGCCUGCAGUACCUUAUUGUUAAUGAAAUAUUGAUUCUUUCCUGUGAUACUGGUAAUAUUACCAAUGUAAAGUGCUCUCAUAGUUAAGUCAAUAGGUAAAUAUUUGUAGUAAUUAUUUACUUGAAUAUAUCCUUUAGUUAGUGGUAAGUUGAUAUGCUAAGAUUGAUUCACUGUUUCAUCUAGUCCUGUUCAUAUUUUGCUAACUCUAUUUUUAUUGCAGCUUUCAUAUACAGUGAACACUUAAUUUUCUGCGUUUAAAAAUAUAAGUAUUUAUAAAAAUUAUAGUUGACUAAACUGCUAAUUGACUUUCAUGUGUCACUUUUGUGUCAUUGUAAGUUGGGGUCUGUGUUACCAUUCUGAGAACCGCUGAAAAGUAUUCCUCUAUUUUCCAACCAAAAAUCACAACUUUGCAAUUUGUUAAAUAAACAAGCCCAUUUUAAAGUGAAAAACUAAGUGUUCACUGUAUAUGCACUAUAUGUGUGUUGUAUAUAUCAGUUAUGCUAGAAGAUUACUUAAUUCAAAAUGGUUAAUUAGUUUGACACAUAUCAAAGUUCUGCAACAUUCUGUAUUGUCGUGAUACUUUCUCUCCCAUCUUUCCUCCUCCACUCUUCAUCAUCAGAGAGUUCGCACCGAGGUUCAGCAAUGCCUUCACUGUCUGGGCGUGGCUCUUCUGGGCAGCCACCAUCAGCGGAGUCUUAUCAAUGAUGCCUUCACCUUCUAUGCUCAGCCCCGCCCACAUUAAGCGAGGUAGCAAGUGGUCUUAGCCUAUGCUGGCAUCCUCACUCACCAGACUCCAUGACACCCCAGCAUUUGUGGUGGCGGUCACCGCUCCCACUCAUGCAAGGGUGUCACGGAUUCUGGUGAGUGAGGAUGCCAGCAUAGGUCAUGACCGCCUACUACCUCCCUUAUUGCAGGCAGGGCUGAGGAUAGAAGGUGGAGGAACCAUUGACCAGACACCACUGAUGGUGGCUGCCUAGAAGGGCCACAUCCGGACAGUGAAAGUACUGCUGACCCUCAGCACAAACUCACUGGUGAUGGAUGGAGGAGGAGGCAGGAUGGGAGGAAAAAGUAGCACGACCAUACAUGUGGUGGCAGCAGUGGGAUGAGGGGCAAGCUGUCACCACAGGUGUUUUCUCAAGGGAUACAGAUAGUAGUAGUAGUAGUAGUAGUAGUAGUAGUAGUAGUAGUAGUAGAAGUAGAAGUAGUAGAAGUAGUAGUAGUUGUUGUUGUAGUUGUUAUUUUGGUACAAUUCCUGCAACAUAUUAUCAAGCAUCAAAUAACACAAUCUGUUCUUGAGUUCAGUAUUCCUAAUUAACUGAAGUUGGCGUAAUCAAGAAAUCUACUUGAUAUGGACUUGCUGGCCACUCCAGACUAUGCCUGCAUAGCAUGGACACAUUUUUCACAUUUUGAAUUAUGAGAAUCAAGUCUGGAUGCAGUGCAGUUCACUCUCAUGUUUGUAAGCCAACCAACAACACUGAAAUUUCAAAAAUCAUAUUAUACUCAUCCAUGACAUUCAUAGUAGUAAUGAGACAUCCCUUUGAAAAUGGAAAUGCUUUGGAUAAUCAGUUCCAUACUUAUCACAGACUUGUGUGGAGAGAAGAGAAGGCUUUAGCACAUUGUAACUCUAGAACAGUAACAAGAUGCUGAGACAAACCCUAGCCAUGUGGAAAGACAAAAUAAGUGAACGAUUCCACACUGCAAUAAAGAAAAGAGAUUUUGAAAUUGCUAUGUAAAUGCAUAAGAGGAAUGAGGGAAAUUAUUGAAAAACAAAAUAAGAUGUGUGAAUUGUAAUUAUUUAAACAAAAAACAGUGAAUGUGUGAGUAAUUAAUCCACAACUUCAUAAUGAAUAGCUAAACAGAAAAGAAACCAUGUGGAAAUGCAAAACACGUUGCUUCACGCAGUCCAUCGUGCAGAUCAGUAACAGAUGCUGCAGAGUUAGGAUUACCUUCCCUUACAUUGAGUUGAUUUCCUUUGUGCUGCACUUCAGUAAUAAUAAUAAUAAUAAUGAUGAUAAUAAUAGUAAUAACAUUGUAUUCCCUCUGCACUAUAAAUGACACCUAAAAGGGACAGUAAGGGAUUGAAAAGCCUCUUCUUUAUAUUUUUACUCUUAUGAUCAAAGUGUGAUAUUUUGUCACAUCUGCUCUCCUUCAAGGGAUAUCAGUGUGAUAUACUUAGACACAUUAAUUCUUAUGUGGUAAUUCUGGAACUUUUAGAAUAUUUUGUAAGCCUUAUAUUUUAGAUUAUGAUUAUUCAUAAAUCAAAUGUAAGCAUUUUGAAAUAGUAAACCAUAUUUUAUUUCAUACAUUUUUAUGGAAUCUGGAUCUCAGGUACUGCUAGAGAGAAAUAUUAAUAGAUGUUUUGAGAACCUUAGUUUCAGUAAACUGAGAUAGGUAAAUGAAGAUAAAAUAAAGACACAGAAAGGUUGUGCUAUAACUGCUGACAUUUCUUUGAUAGUUAUUGGCAAAAACAGCAUAAAUUUUGUCCAGUAUCACCUCUUAAAAAAAAAUAAUAAUAAUAAUAAUAACAAUUUAGACAUCAGAACCUGUAUAAUUGUUGUGAGCAAAGUCAACCUCUUAAGUAGACAAAAGAUGUAAACACAUAUUUAAAAAACAAAAAAUUCUGUAAUCCAUAUAUCUUUACAUUAUAUUUAGUUUUUAUGUAAUUAAUGUAGUGCAUACAAUCAAAUUGAGUUCAACAUUUUAAUGUUUCCCAUGUACAGAGUAUAAUGACAUAUGUCAGACUCAUAUCAGUAUUGCUUUAGGUGUUAUAUAUCUAUUACUGUGAAGCAUGAGAGUGUGUGACGAAACAUUUGUAGAACAUGUUACCUGCAGAGUUCCAAAGGAAAUACAUACUGUAAUCAUACUUACAAACACAGAUGCAUGAACACAUCCUCUUGUGACUCACAUACAAAUAUACGAAGACUACUUGCAUAAGAUACCACUUGCCAAAAAAAGUUCACAAAGUAGAAAUGUUUAUGCUUUAUCCUCAUGAACAGUAUAACAUAGCACCCAACUGAGAACAGUGAAUGUUGUACUUGGUUGGUGUUAUACUUGUAUAUAUGCUAGUACAUUUUAGUGCUCCAAGUUAUGAAAGUGCCAAUUAAAUCCUUGACCAUAGUAACACAUGGGAAGGUGGAAAAGUUAUACUAUACAAUCAAACUUGGUAAAUAUGAUUCAUCCACCUUUCAAAUUAUGAUGCUGACAGGUGAUUAGCUUUUUGUUAGUCUUCAAUACAUAUGUCUUUUAUGAUGUGAAAAUGUUUUUACAUUUUGUAGGCAUAGUCUUGCCUUGUUGAGGCCAGUUCAACACACACACACACACACACACACACACACACACACACACACACACACACACACACACACACACACACACACACACACACACACACACACACACACAGGAAGACAAAA